UUUGGAGGAUCCCGGAAUCAAGUCACAUUGCACACUUGCGUUCUUUACAGGAAAAAUGCGAAUCCCCGAUCGAUAUGCUCCGUAUCACCAAGUAAUGAGCAUGGUCCUGGAGCAAUCUGGGCUCAUUUGGAUCCAAUAAUGAAACUAUGCAAAGGCUUUAACAUAAAAAAUAUUCAUAUAUUUUCUGAUAGCCCAGCAACGCAGUACCGCCAAAAACAUAAUUUCUACUUGUUUCAAAAAAAUAUAAAAGAAUAUAAAUAUGAAUAUGCUACUUGGAAUUUCUUUGAAGCCUCACACGGCAAAGGUCCAGCUGAUGGGGUUGGUGGAGCUUUAAAACGACAACUUGAUAAUCAUAUUUCACAUGGCAAUGACAUAAUCAACGCAAAAGAAGCAUAUGAAUAUUUAUUAAUUAACAGCAGAGUAAAAAUGUUUUAUAUAAAUGAAAAUAACAUACAAAAUAUGAUGAAAAUGAUACCUAAAAAUGUUAUUCCCAUAAAAGGUACAAUGAAGAUUCAUCAAAUCGUAAUCGACGAUAAUACGAAAAUUAAAUAUAAACUGUUGAGCUGCUUUGAUUGCAAAAAAAAUAACAUCUGUUGCGACUGUUACCACACAAAAGAACACGAACUUCUACCCACCAACUACCUAACAGGGCCAAAAGCUGUACCAUGUCGUAAUAAACGAAACGCCUUAAAAAUACAGAACACACCAGCAAAAAGAUUCAAAAGAAUAAAUAGUUCUACUACAACGGAAAGUGACGUCAGUGUAAGAUAUUAUGAUGAUUUAGAUCCGAGAGAUGUAGAAUUUGAGAGUGAAGGCGAUGAUAAAAUUACAGACUUUAUAAAGAAUUUUAAAAAAGUAGAGAAAGUUGAUCUAGUUUCAGAUAUAGAAGAGCUAACGCAUUUAAGGUUUAAAGAUAGAGAAACUCAGGACUCAGAUGUGGAAUUUGAAAAUGAAGACAAUGAUAAAGUUACAGACUUUAUGAAGAAUUUUGAACAAGAAGUAAAAAUUGAUCUGGUCUCUGAUAUUGAAGAGAUAACGCAAUUUAGGUUUAAAGACAAGGAAACACAGGACUCAUGGGAAAAGAAAACAGGCAAGAAACGAGAACCUACAGAAAACGAAAAAGUAACAACGUUAUCUUCAUCAAGAUUUAUGUCUGCAAAUCGUGCUUUCUAUAACCCCGAAAAUAAAGUCGACAAGGCAGAAGGAUUGACUACGGAAAACGAAAUAUAUUCUACACAAGAAGGCAAAGAAACAAGAAAAUAUAAAGGAAAAGGCAUUGGAAAAAAGACAGUAAAACACCAACAACUUAUAAAAGAAGAAAAAUAUCCAAUUGAUACAAUGAAUGUAUUAAGACAAAUAGAUGACACAGAACAAUCUAGUAAAGAUUUAAAAAGUCGCAGAGAAGAAAGAUCAUCAACUGAUUUGAAUUCUCUGCCAAUUAUUUUCUUUGAUAAUUUAGUAAGUGACGAAGUUUUAGUUACGAACGAUGAAUAUAAGCUUGAUGCAACGAUAUUUAAUGAACCAGAAUAUAAUUUAAACUAUUUUGAUGAUAAUAUAUAUUGAUGAUAUGAUAAUAGAAAAGGAUAAUGCGAAAGAAAAUAACACUGAAAAUGAGAAUGGUAGCAAUGAAAGUGUCAUACCAAUUAUAGAUACUCACAAAAUAAAACGCAAAAUACCUGGACUGACUAUUAUCAAAGACGAAAGACUGGAAAAUAAAGAUACGAAAAAUAAAGUGGUUUAUAAGUCACUGAAACCCCUAUCAUUAAAUAAUUAUAUUAAUGCACCAAAACGAAAUAAUAAACCAAAGUCUGAAAAACUUAGAUCAGGAACUUCGAUUAUGAAACAGAAUGUUUUUAAUUAUUAUAAAGAUAAGGAAGAAAUUUACAAAGCUCUAAAGGAUACUGACUCAAAUUAAAGUUACGAAUUUAAAUGUUUAAAUUACAAACACUGUUUCGAUUCCAAAAUUUUUUUUUAAACCUAUUGUACUACUAAAAAUUUAAAAAGCUUGGUAAUUUGAUUACAAUACGUUAAUGAAUA